CUCUAUAAAUACAUACUGCACAUAAACAUCAAUCACUACCCAAUGAGUCAAAAUUUUCAUGCACUUUUUAAAGAAAACCAAAUGAAAAAUUCACGAAUUCUUGCACUCAUGCCAAGAACAUGGAUGCUAUUCCUCUUUAUCCUGUUCGCAUCUUCAAGAUCUGAAGGCCAAACACAAACAGGCCUCCCACCAGCAGGUUUGCUUUGUAUUAGCGACUGCGAGACCUGCCCCGUCAUAUGCUCACCUCCACCACCACCUACUCCAAAGUCGCCCCCAACACCACCGGUGCACCACCCCUCCCCGCCGCUACCAUACUACUUUGAUUCUCCCGCGCCAUCCUCUCCUCCGCCGCCCCAUCCUCUGCCUCCACCACCCUCGUAUGUUUCAUGGGGCGGCAGCGCCAACCCUCCACCUCCACCUCCACCACCGUCGAACACAACGAAGGGCGGCGGCGCUCCUCCACCUCCUUCAGUUUACGUGUACAAUCCCGGCACCAUAAUGCCACCAGGCAUGGGGCAGCGGAAUUACUCCUAUCCUUACUAUUAUUUCUAUGCUUCUAAAGCUGUUUCUUCUCUUCCUCUUCUUGAUCAGGGUUUGAUUCUUUUGAUGCUCUUCAUAUUCUUACAAGUUUUGUACUAAUCUAGGCGAAUUGUUUGAUGAACUUAACAUAUUGGAAUGCAGUAUGAAAUUUUUUAC